CUGAGGCUAUUUUUUUGGAAAUUUUCAAAAACAAUCGCCACCACGCGUGGUGGGAAAUUACCUCGCGAGCCCUGCUUGGUUAACUGCUUAAAAACCUCGCGUACUGAACCCCAACACACGAAAUGGCGCGCGAAACUAAAACCGAGCCGCGCACCGACCUAUGGUGAAAAAUCUAUACAUUUACUAAGCAACAGUCAGACGCCUUAACGGGUGCUGGUGGAUGUAUUGAUGCAGUGAAGGUCGCCAUUCAAGUGUUGAAGAUUAUUAAAUAUCUUUCUUAUUUGUACUCUAGAGUCAUGCAGGGUUUUGUGUAGAGGUUAUCCUAACUGCACGUGCCAUUGUUAAGUCGAGGAAAGCUGGGACUCAGAGAAAGAGAGUGAGGAAACUUUAGACUCAGCUAAUGAGAGUGACAGUGACAUCAAGAAAAGCAUGGACUUGGAGAACGCCAGUAUUAUUAAGAAAAAAUUGGACUUAAAUAAAGACAUUGGUCCUGAAAAGUUAGUUUUUCCUAAGAAUGACUGAAUUGAGAACAUCUCAGCUUUUGUAGAGGAAAUCCCCGCUUCUGUACCUGAUACAUUGCCUUCCAGUUCUGGAUUUAAGGCAGAUGCCAUACCCAUGCAAAUUAGCAGUGAGCCAGCAACUGUUGUGGAAGUUGCCCAUCCCAUACAAAUUAAUGGGAGCAAGCUCCUGUUGUAGUAAUCCCCCAUCCCAGAAUCCUGCCUUCAGUACUGCCAAGAACUUUGGGAGCAUGACGCACCUGCACCUGCUCCUCAACCAAUGUCCAUGUGGGAGCCCAAGGAUAAUAUAAAAGAUUAUCAGCCUCUAUUACAAUAACUGCCACAGAGUGGUGGUAAACCUAUGGCUGUUCUCUGUGUCAAAGACUUGGUUAUGUUUUUUCCUGUUUUCGAUGUUCACCUCCGUUUGUGGGUUUUGCAACAUCAUAUCAAUAAAUAAAUUUAUCUAUUUAGAAGGCUUUUUUCUAAGGACAUAUAUCAUAUGGUUAGAACCUUGAGUUAGAUGGCAAAUUCAUGUUUCUUGGGUGCAUUUAAAUUACCAGAGCGCAUGCAAAAUGUGCGUGAUUCCUUAUGCCCAGCCAGGCUAGGUCUCCAUAAAUGUGAAGUUUAAUGCACUGCAGUUUAUAUUUUGCUCUUAACUUAUCCCCAAAAAACAAAAAUGUGUAUAUUUUGUGCAUGGAGUCAAACUAUGCUCAUUUCUUGAUACUCUUCCAGAUGGAUUGUUAUCAAUGAAGACAGUAAUGUGGAGGUAAUUUCAUAUAGAUUUCAGUGCUAUAAUCUUUCAAUUUCAUAAUAAUUUUUUUUAUGACUAACUAAUGAUUCUUUUGUUUGUACGUUAUGAACUGUUGUUAUUUUUGUUUAUUGAUACAGUCAUUUUAUAAUGUCAAGUGGGUUCUUAUUACUUUUUGCUAAUAGUUUCAUUAUGACGCUUAUCUAUAUAUUACAAAUUGUGAUAUAUGAGCUUGAUUAUGUUCUUAUCAUUUAAAACAUUGUUUUAACCAGGUUUGCUUUUAACUCUGAGGGAAAUUUUGUUUCUUCUUUUAGCUUCACAUUUGCUUGAGUACCAUACAAGGCACUGCUGCAGUUAUCACAUUUGCUCUUUGUGUUAAGGUUUUCUUAUGUUUAUAUCUCCAUUGCUCAGAUCAGAGUUUUCUUGCUGCUGCAUUUUAUGGUUUUGAUCAUCCAAAGCUGAAUGUAAGAACAGAAAUUAACUGCAUAACUGUUGAACUAUGCCUGGUAUCAUUUCUAUUGACUUUUUAAAAAGAAGAGGGGAAUUUGUGAUCUCGGCGCUAGGCUGCACAACAGUUUUAGAUAAAUGCAUGAUUUUUUUUUAUUCAUUAACCUUCCUCAUAUGAAUUAGUUGCCCCAGUUCAUAGACAUGACCCUGGGAUCUUCUUAGUUGAGGAGACUAUGUUGGUAAAAUUAUUAUUAGAUUAAUUAAUGAUGUAAAUUGAACAACUCCAAGGAUAGCCUUUUUAUGAGGAUAACUGAUAUUAGGACAAUGUGCUUGACUAGGACCAUUUUAUGUGAGUUGUCAAUUUUUCGAUAUAUGUAUCCAACAGUCUGUGACAAAACUUCUGAAGGGUUAAUUAAUGGUGGAAACACUGAGUUUACACCCUAAUUGCAAUAAAGCCCAUUUUGUUUGGGAGAUUGCUCUGAACCAUCUUCUUUUUGUUAGUUAAUGAAAUUUUUCACCUAACACAUGCAAACAAUGUAAAUACCUUUUUACUUCUGUUCAUGUGUGAUGGAAUGACUCUAUGCCCUGCCCACCUUCCCCAAUCCAUCCCAAGUCCAGCAGCUCCCCAACCCACGCCUCACCCACCAUCGACAAUACCACCAACAUUACAACCCACCACCCAAUUCCAGUACCAUGUCUGCCAAACCAACAACCAAAGGUUCAGCACAAACUAAUAAUGCUGUCAAACAAAGAUCAACAAACCCAAAUUAAAAACAGUCUCCUCAACAAACCAAACCCAUAUCAACUUGUCACUAAAACCACCACCAUCAAUUUCCCAAAAUGCACUAUGAAUGGCAAUAGCAUGGACAUGAUUGGCGGUCAUAAUUGUGGUCUGCAAUUGAGGCCGCAAUGGUAGCUUUGAAGGUCGUAGUCAUGGCCUUGCUUAAAGUUGCCACUAGGCAAUAUCUUAUAUAGCCUGGCAAGGCUGUAAGGUUGUCUCUAGGCAACAGCUGCAGCAACGUUGCAAGGCUGCAGCCAUGGCCUUGCUUUAAGGUGGUAUUGCAAGGCCACAACCAGGGCAUUCAACUGAGAAACUUAUUUAACUGAUACAUUCUUAUAUGGAAAAACAUAAUAAUGUUUUUUCAAACUAAAUACUAUUUAUGCUUUUUUUUUUUCAAAUUCAUUCCUUCAUAUCUCCUCUGUUUUCUCAGUUUUGUCUGGAUCUUUUUCUUCUGAAGAAAGGGAAGGAGAAAGGUCUUCUUUAGUGGAUACCUCUUAUUCUUGUUUAGUCUCCCUCCUUUGGAAAGUCAUAUAUAUUUCUAUAUCCAUUGCCUUCUCACUUCCCUCCUUUUCUUGCCUUUCAAAGGUUACUUUCACUUUCACUUUUUCAGUAAAAAUGUUUCUUUCUAUUUUUUAUUUGAGACACACAUGUUACCAUGCUGAAGUAUCGCAACUAGUAUUAAUUCUUAUUUAAAUCAUUAAGAAGCACUAUGGAAACUAUCAGGUUUAAUGAUUAAAAGGCUGUUGAGGCAGAUGGGUGUGCGUCACCUUGUCGUUUUUCAGUUCAUUUUCCAAUUUCUGAAACCUGUAUUGCCUUGCUGAAGAGCAUCAGCAUAGCAGCAAGUGUUAUUUUUAUUUAUUUAUAAUCAUCAAGAACUGCAAUGAAAACAAUUGGGUGUACUUCACUAAAAAUACUUGAAAUUGUAACUGAUUGGUAGAUGCCAGCUUGUCCUUUUUAUGCUCAUUUUCCAAUUCCAAAAACACCCUUUUUGCCCAAGUUAUUGAUCUGCCACAGCAUUGGAUAUUAAUUAUGCUGUGAUUGGUUUCCUUCUAUGUGGAUUCUGAAAGUUGUGCACAACUUUAUCAACCAUAUUGCAUAUUGUAAACCAGGUGGCCUGUUGUCUUGUAAUUCGGUCAACCUCCUUGAAGGUUAGCAGCCUUCUCUUUAGGGUUUUAUAUUUCUUCAUCAAAAUUUUAUGACAGCUACCAUAUUUUAGGGAAAUGACCAAAAUCUUAAGGUGACUUGCAACAAAAUGCAAUUUUAGUGUUGGAGCUGCCACUUAAUGUGCAAUCUUGACGACACAAGGUAAUGGGCCUGUAAACACCUGGUUGCAGAUGAUUAUGUUCACUGACCUGAUUGUUCAUUAGAGAGCCUUUGUCUAUGUGUUUAUGUAUUAAUUUAUACGUGCACAAGUGAAUUAUUUUACUGUUAAUGAGUUUGUCUGAUUCCCAUUGACAGUUGACUUGAUGUUUUCUACUCUUCUCAUUUUAUGAGGGACACAACAAAUUGGAUUUUUCCUUUCAGUACACAGGUUUUAUGGAGAAGUUAAUCUAGCUCUGCAUGCAUUGCUGGAUAACUUACUUUUAAUAGUCCUUUGCCCUGGAAUUGGUAUUAGUUUUCUGGCUUACUGUCAAUGAAAAUUUAUAAUCAGCUCUAUUUUUCCUUUUUAAUUGCUUUAUUAUUUCUUACCAAAUACGCCAGAAAACAAAAGGGAAAUAUUUAUUUAGAUUGGGUGAUGAGAAGUAUCAGUUACCUUUGCUAUAAUAGGGAACGUGUAGGUCUCCAGUUGUAAUAUGCUGAGAGAAUUGGAACACGUGGCAAGAGGCAUCUUUUCCUGGCCAAUGCAUUGCCCUUUUAAUGCCUUGUUCUCAUCGAAACCUGGUCUAAGCUGCUCUGCUAUUGAAGGAGAGAUUAUUCGAUAUGGAAGAUAAACAUUCAUCAGAGCCGAUUCCUGAGGGUUGGGAGUUUGUGACCAAAUUGAAGAAAAACGGAUCUCAAGUUUCGUACUACACCUGCCGUAAAACUGGACAGCGGUUUUAUACUUAUCAAGAUAUGAUGCGCUAUGUCAAGUAUGCCAAAGAAGCUGGGCUUCCUAUCUAUUUACCAAACUUUGAUUUCAGGAAGAAGAAGAAAUCUGGUCAGAGCUCGGAGCCAGCUCCCAAUCAUAUUGAGGAAUGCUUGGACUCAGAGAAAGAGAGUGACACUGAGAAAAGUUUGGAAUCAGGGAAAGACAAUGAUAGUGAUACUGAGAAAAGCAUGGACUCAGAGAAAGCCAGUAAUAUUAAGAGAAGCUUAGACUCAGAGAAAGACACUGAUCCUGGAAAGUCAGAGUUUCCAGAGAAUGACCUAAUUGAGACUAUCUCAGCUUACCAACUGGAUUCCUUGCCUUCCAUUUUUGAAUUUAUGGCCUACAUGGAACCCAUGCAAAUUAGCAGUGAGCAAGCUCCUAUGGUGGAAAUUCCCAAUUUUGUGCCAGAUACCUUUCCCUCCGAUUCUGGAUUAAAUGCAGGCCUGGAAUCCAUGCAAAUUAGCAGUGUGCAAGCUCCUAUAGUGGAAAUUCCCACUUUUGUACCACAUACCUUUCGCUCCACUUCUGGAUUAAAUGCAGGCCUGGAACCCAUGCAAACUAGCAGUGAGCAAGAUCCUGUCAAAUCAUCCCUCAUCGCAGGCAAAAUAUCAGGAGCAAUUCCUUGUAAUAGAAAUCAUCCCCCAUUGCAGAAUCAUCUGCCAUCACUGCAAGCUCCUGUGCUGCAAAUUGCCUGUUCUCAUCCCCAUCCCAGAACUGAGGCUGCACUACUGCCAAGGAACUCUAGGAUCAUGGAGUACUCACAUCCACACCCAAACCCACAGAAACCUGAGGUUCUGCACUGGGGACCAAGGAUAAUAUAAAAGAUUAUCAGCCUCUACUAUGGACAUAACUGCCAUAGAACUGUGAUCAAGCUAUGGCUGCGAUCCAUGUUAAAGACUUUUGCUGUUUUGUAUAUUCACCUUUGGUUGUCAGCUGGUUAAAGGUGUUUUGUGCUUCAUAUCUUUAGCUUAGUCAAUAUAAACAUAAAAUUUAGCCUAUGUUUAUUUAUGACUAGUGCAAGAAGCCGUACCAUGCUCAUGUCUUGAUGCUUUACUUGUAGUCAAAUUAUGUCUGUGUCGGGUUUAUAUCAUUGAUACUAUUAUUUAUUUUAUUGAUAAUAUUUUUCAUUUUA